AUGCGCCCGCUGGCGCCAGCACCCGCUCGGCCGUUGCCAGGGAGCAGCGAACCCAGUAGCAACCUCCGGCCCGUGCCUGCCAAAACCAGAAGCCCGGAGAGGAGGCGAAAGUGCGAUGGAAAACGCCCAACAUGUACCGAAUGCCUGCGUCGAGAUGCUGUCUGCGUGUAUGACAGACCCGAGGGUGCAACCCGAGUCGACCAACUCAAAGCCGAAAACAGUGCUCUUACAUCCCAGGUCUCCCGCUUGGAACGCGUCGUCGAUGGACUUCGGUUGAGUACAGACCAAGAUGCCGCGCUCUUGCUGGCGCGCCUCAGACUAGGAGCCACGGUCGAUCAGCUGGCCCAUGCCGUGGCUUCAGCUUCCACAUCCCUUUCGGCCAUACCCGACAUCGCCACGCGGGCAGUGACUCCUGGAAGUUCUAUUCAUCACGAUGGAGUCGAGAUCCAGCAUUACCACCCGAAUGUGUUGUUGUCAACCACCCAGGAGGAUUUCCUUGCUCCCACCUUCGACCGCAGCGAGUUUGGACACAUUCCCUCAAAUGUCUUGGCCGAGGAGAUUGACCCGAGAGCUGGAAGCGUUGUUGUAUUGCAGACUCCUCCCCAGCCUCAUGCAGCGAUUGACGGGGCUUCCGAGAAGAUGCAUACCGCCGGCGUGAAGAUCGUGAAAAUAUGGCCAUUUGCCGUCGGGCUCCAGGGUGGGAUAGCCUUGAACGCGCCUCGGCAUAUCCGAGACAACCUUCGGAUUCAUCCCAACAUCCUCAGCGACCACGACAGGCUCGCCGCCCCGGGCACCAUACCUCGCAGCCUGUUCGUGCCCCGUUGGAGCAUGAUGGUCGCUCAUUCGGAUUUCGACGGGACGUUGCGAGGGUUUCUGUUUGGCUUUCUUGCCGAGGCUCAGGCGAGGUUACAAGAGGCGUCGUCGCCAGAGGACGUGUUGGGUACACACGCACAUGUGGGGGCCUUGUGCGACCGGAACCAUUUCGAAAAGGCCCCGUUGCUGUCGCAGUGGGCCGUCAGGGUUGUUCACAGCAUCAUGAGCGAGAGGCGUCGCUCCAUGACGUCCUUUGGAUUCAUGUACGUACUGUUCUGGGUGACGCAGUGGAUGAUUAUGCCGACCGAGGAACAUUUCGAGUCGAUACCCAUGUGGCUCCGCCCAACGCCCAACCAGUACUUUAUGCCACACCCGAUGAUCCUGGACUUUGUGAUCUGGCCCGCUCUCCGGGAAUAUGUCGUCCAGUUCCCCUCGUUCCAUGUCGGCAUGGACUGGCUGGUGGUUUUAUUCGACACCAUCACCUGUGCGUGGCCAGGCACAGUGGAGGAAGCCCUGUGUCAAGACCAGUUAACCGGCGUGACGGAUCUUACCCCUGAGGCAAAGAACGUUGCCAGGCGGCUUGAGAGCUGGUCGCUCGGACCGGCAUUCAUACCAUACAUGUUCAAGGCUGAGUCUCUUGUGUGCAUCAGGCCAGUGUAAAGUGCCGCCUUGUCGUCGUCAUGGUCAUGGGUCGAAGUGAGUCCUGUUCGAUCUUUACGUGAUGCCUUGAUGUAGACAUGAAGAUAUUGAAGACACCUGGGCUUCAUAGGCAGGAACGGUCAUUGUUUUACCUUCGACCAGGGCAUCUGACUGAGUUAUGGCCCGACGCUUGGUGUCCUGCGCUCCCGCGGAAAAAUCCAGCUGACCCAAUCGGCUCUCUCAACGGCCCUGUCGCUUCAAACGUGAAGAAAUGACGUAACGGUGAUGUAGACUGUACUGGGUAGAAUAGCUAGAUAAGGGACUUAUCAAUGAAGACUUGUGGUGCUAUUUCA